AUGGUUGUAGCGUGGAGAAUUGAAACACUUUAUAUAAGCGACUGGUUUGAUGUUACUGUAAAUGGAACAAGCCCUUUUCAGAUAAAUCACUAUUUAAACGAAAUGCCAGCAAAGGUUGACGUACAGGUUAAGGUUGUACAUGGAGGUCAAUCAUAUAUAUUUCCUGGUAUUGGGUCAACACAGCGGGAUGAUGACAUAGCAUCGGAAUAUGGGGGCGUGGCUUCCUUAUAUGAUUCACAGCAUGUCAAGCUGUUUGUUCCGGUUGCAAAAAAGUUCACCAAUGGUUUUGGACGAAUCAUUACGACAGGUGGUGGGUCAUACAGUGGUCCAUUUCAUGGCACGUUUGUUACUGGUAAAGUCAGAAUCAGGGUUUGGAAAUUAUCUGAAUUGCCCACUCCCAUUUUUUCAAUUACAUCAGGAUUAUCAAUAUCCACAGGUUCUCCUUAUCAACAAGUGACAGCUUGUUUUGGAGCUAACCCUGAUUUAGUUAUAGUCCAGUUAGUGUUUAAUGACGGAUACGUUACAGAGGGAACAGGUGUGACUCCUGUGACAGCCGAUGAUACUCACACAAAUCAUAUCUGUGGAGUCAUCUUUGGUGUCAAUCAAGACUCCAUCACGCUCUGGGCUCCAAGUAAAAAUGAUGACUGGGUAGCCUGUUACUAUGAUGGAUGGGGCAGUGAAAAUUUACGUUAUUCAUCAGCCGCCAUAAUCGUCCGCGCAUGGAGUUUUUCAGAAGUUUACGAAGUAGAUUCGUUUCCUUAUAAUUGGGCAGAAUAUCUCUCUGGAAUUUUCCCAGCACCAUAUCCAAUUGAUUUGGAUUAUCAUUUUGUCAGUGUCGAGGUUAAAAGUUUGUCUGUCACUAAUGGUAGGAUGUUUUACGGAGCUGGGUCUGCAAGUGUUGGCAAUUCUUCAGAAAGCCUCGGGGGAAUUGUAUACGGAUACACAGAGUCUGAAAUACUAUUAUGGACACCAACUAGUACAAAUAGUCACUUAAUCUACAUUGAUGGCGUUUGGGGAGAUGGAAGUGAUAAUCUACAGGAAGACAGCGUGCAAAUAACAAUUAAGAUCAUCAAUGCUGAUAUUUCAGAAUGUGCACCGCCAUCAGACAUUACUAACACUGUAAAGGUGUAUAAUGGGUUACGCAGAGGAAGUCUGACGUCAUACUCUUGUUUGGAGGGAUUCGUGAGUAAUGGUGGACUUAGCGUCACGUCAUGUAACGGAACACACUGGCUGGAAACUAAUAUGACAUGUUCUAUUUCCACUGCAGUACCAGACCCUCCGACAAUUGCUAAUGCAGAUAUUCUGGUGAGUGGUAACAUUGCUCAGUAUGCAUGUCGAACAGGAUUUUAUGCAGACAUGGGAGAAAACAUUAUUCUAUAUAAUGGUGCAGCUGGUUGGACCUCAACUAACCUGGAAUGCAAACAAGGUGAUUCCUAA